AUGUCGGUAGCUGGCGCUGUGACCAACGCAGGCAGCGACGGAAAAACCCUUCUUCACUGCGCUGCCAUGUCCGGACAGACUUCGGUCAUUGCCGAGCUUCUGGCAGCUGGAGCGAACCCUCAUGCUCGAUGUUCCUCGGGAGAAACACCGCUUGAUCUAGCUGGAAGGUGGCUGGACCACAACGCCAACCUUCCCGCGGCACCCGGUCAGUCUUCCGGCUCUUCGGAAAUCGUCUUCGAGGAUUCCCCGGCCCCCAUCGUUGGCGGCGGAGGCGGCGGGGGUGGCAGUGGUAGCGGCGACCCCUCCCUCGUCUACCAAGGCGCCCCCACAGACCACCCGGCUUGGAACGAACAAGCGAUCGCCGCUAUUUACCACAAAAACAACACCCCGGCCGGUCCCGUUCACAGUCCGGGAUGGCCUUCACCUCGAGGAGCGGGAGGCGGGUUCAUGCAGGUGCCGUCGCCCGCUACACCAACCAACGUUCAUGCCGCUUCCGCUGCUACUGCAGCCGCUGCAGCCUUUGCGUCGCCACCCCCGGCCCCGACGCCCCCGGCACCACCACUUCGUAGUCAUGUCAAGGAAGAUGCUGCCGGGGUGGCUUGGUUGGGGGUGGCCCAGACGACGGCAGGGGGAACUACGGUGGAGGGACAAGCUGGUGGUGAGGCCGUCGCAGGUGGCGCGGCGACAGCCGUAGCAAACUCGGCCUUCUACGGCCAGGAGAACUCGCCGAGCCCCGCGACCAAGGGGAGGCUGUGGGCUGAGAGGAUCGAAGCAGGUAGAAAUCAACCGCUUUGCCGAGUGGAAUAUGCCUCGUACUGUGCGAUGAAAACACCUAGGGGACCACAGACAGCAGUUUAUGUCGGAUGUCGCAAGAAAUACAUGGUCGACACCCAAUUCCUCGUCGUAUGAGAAACCUAACGUGUGGUAGUGUUCCUGGGCCAACUUGAAGAGCGCGGACGAAGCUUCUGGGGGACAUGUUUGUCC